GUCCAUCUCCUUCUUUCGAGAAGUUCUCCUGCAACUUUCGCGAAGGAAGCUGGUCUGGAAAUGCCCGGCUUGGAAGCACCCCCGGGCGAAGAAGGAGUCCUCUUCCUAUCGUUCCACGCACACCGCCCUGAAUAAAGACGGAGGAAGCGCACGUCCUUCGCGUUGGAAAAUGUGCGAUCGCAGCCUCUGCCGGCCGGGCUACGUGGGCUCCCUCCUGAACUUGCCCUCUGCCGCCGACUCCUUUUACUUCCCCAACCUGCGAGCUAAUGGAAGCCACCAGCUGGCUGCCUCGUUGCCCGCGCUCUCCUACCCGAGGAGCCCCAUCGCGUGGACUUGCGCCAGCUCCUGCCCAGCUCAGCCCUCCAGCCACGUACUCAGCGGCUCGUCGCAGGCUCCGUCUUACCUCGCCGCAGCCACUGGCUCCCUCCCCGGUGUUAGCCUCAACCCCAGCGGCAGCAAAGCCGCCUUGGACGGCCACCAUCCCAAGUACUCCGCCCACGAAGCCGCUCCCAAGCAGGACGAGAGAGGCAGGCAGAGCCGGGAAGCUUUGGCCGACGACUCGAGUUGCGGGAGAAUGGUGAGGAUGGCGGCGGCGGCGACUCAGGCCAAAGGGCUCAGGUAUGAGCCGAGAAGCCUGCCCAACGCAUCAGCGUCUCUUUUGAACGCGGAUUCUUCCGCCUCGGGCUUUUUUAAGGAGGACCUCAAGCACGCCAUCAACUUGAACCUGACACUCCCGCCCGCAGCAACCCAGCCAAACCUCAGACCUCCUCUGCAGGACGGUUUGCCCUGGUGCCCUACGCCAGGGAGGUCGAGGAAGAAACGGAAGCCAUACACGAAGCAACAGAUCACCGAGCUGGAGAGCGAGUUCCUCCUCAGCGAGUUCAUCAACCGGCAGAAGCGGAAAGAGCUGUCCAACAGACUGAAUCUGAGCGACCAGCAAGUGAAGAUUUGGUUCCAGAACCGGCGGAUGAAGAAGAAGCGCGUGGUGAUGCGCGAGCAGGCGCUCUCGCUCUACUAGAGACGCCGCCCAGGGAGGGGGGCGUCUUGGGGCUGGCUCUCUUCCUCCCUGUUAAUCAUGAACUUGCCUCUGGAGCGGCUGUCUCCCGGCUCAGCAGAGGAACAACAAAGCGACGCGAACCGAGGCGAAGCGAAGCCACUACGGAUUCCAGGCGAAAACGCAGGCAAAAUCUGGAGGGGAGCGUUGACAGGGGUCUAGCCCAAGCAGUCAGAUUCUCUCUCCCCGCCCCCCAUCAACCUGCUUGGCUUUGUAAA